UCUUCAGGUGUCCUCUAAAUUGUCCUUAGUGGGGGCUGCCCAGAAUUGUAACACACACUGUAGAGUGAAGAAGUAAAAUGGACGGAUCUCCAUAGCUGCUCCUUCUACUCGUCAUCCUCACUUGGAAUGGUCGAUUUAGGGCUUCAAAGUAUUGCAUUGUGUCAGGCUUUUUGAUUUAGAUUCAAGUUUUUGUGAAUUUUGGACUUGUUGUGAUGGGAAAAUCUCCAGGCAAAUGGAUCAAGACUGUUCUUUUUGGGAAAAAGACAUCAAAAUCUAACUUAUCAAAAGGAAGAGAGAUUUCGAAAUCUGCAAGUGGUAAAGCGGCAUUGGUUUCUUCUAAAGAACCAGCAUACGAUUUGGCAGUGGAUCCUCCUUCGAUUCCACAGCAGGUUCCUUGUACUGGAACUGGGAUUGAAGAGAACUCAGCCUUAAGACAGGAAGCAGCUCCCACAUUGCCAAAUGAUGGGGUGAUUAUAUCUUCUGCAAGGCAGGAUGGGGAUGAACAAAAAACCACAAAUCUGGGUUCGCCAAAGGAUUCUGAGAGAAUCAUGCUUGAGGAAGCUGCUAUAAAGGCACAGGCUGCUUUCAGGGGUUAUCUGGCUCGCCGGGCAUUUCGAGCUCUCAAGGGCAUCAUAAGACUGCAAGCAUUUAUUCGUGGUCAUUUGGUUAGAAGACAGGCUGUUGCUACUUUAUACUGCAUACAUAGAAUUGUUAAGCUUCAAGCACUUGUUCGUGGUCAAAAGGUCAGACGUUCUGAUAAUGGGAGUAAAUUAAAUCUGGAUCCUAAACUUUUGAAUUCUUGUGAAACUAAUACGUCUAUUCGAGUAGAGAAGCUGUCGAUAAAUGAUUUUGUUUGUAAGCUACUUGCUUUGUCGCCUACAACAAUGCCUCUGCACUUUCAGUAUGGUCCUGGGGAACCAAACUCUGCCUGGGAUUGGCUAAACCGCUGGACAAUGUCACGCGCUUGGGAAACCCCUUCAAAACCAAUUAUUGACUCAAAGUUUCAGACAAAGCAUGGCAGUAUCCAAACAGUAGAAACUGAUCAAGCAAGGCCAAAACGCAGUGUCCAGAGACUGCCCACUUCAAAGCUUGAGAAUGGCUCGAGCAAGGCCACUUCAGAGUCUGAAAAACCUAAACGUAACAUGAGGAAAGUUUCAAAUCAUCCAGUUAGUUCUGUUCAGGAACAUCCACAGAAUGAGAUUGAGAAGGUUAAACGUAAUUUGAAGAAAACUUCCAAUCCCUCCAAAGAGUCUUCUGUUCGGCCAGAGAUUGAUACUGAGAAACCAAGUCGCAUUAAGAAGGCAUCAACUGCUGCCCCUGAUGGUCCAGAGCAGGGCAUUGGCGAUCCUUCUGAGAAGGUGGAAAAAGAUACAGCAGUUGCAGUGCCAAAACCUUCUGAUGAAGAAACAAGUCCAAAAUCGCCAGCAGCAGAUGGUCCUGUUGAUGAGUUAAAUGAACAUCCUCCAGUUAACUUGCAACCUAAACAGAAAAAUGGUACAAAUGAGAAUACUCCCCUGGCAGAUAAGGAGCUUAGCUCAAAGGAUGGUCAAACCAGCAAUGAGUACCAGAGAACCAGCCGGAGAAGAGCUUCAUUACCUGCAAAGCAGGAUUCUCAAGAUAAUGGGUUACAUAACACACCAAGAGUUCCUAGCUACAUGGCAACAACUGAGUCUGCAAAGGCCAAGUUUAGAGCGCAAGGCUCCCCGAGGUUCAGUCAAGAUGGGACUGAGGAGAAUGGUUUAACCAGGCGGCAUUCUCUGCCAUCUUCUACCAAUGGAAAGUUGAGUUUGUCACCGCGAGUUCAGAGGCUGGUUCAAGCAAGCAGCAAAGGAGGGAUCAGAAGUGAAAAAUCCCUAUUGUCUUCUAGAGAUGCUAAUGAAAAGGUGAUCCAAGCAGAGUGGAAGAGGUGAUAUUGCAGCGUCAAGUUCCAUUGACGGUAUCUGAAGGAGGUGAAAGAAUACUACUGACUCAGUGCAGUUUUUAAUUUGUCCUUGCUAUCUAAAUUGUAGCUGUAGAUCUUGAAAAUGGAUUUGAACUAUAACAAGUGUGUGGUGUGCCUAGUGUGUGUUUCCUUGUUUUCCUUAGCUUUAGAUGUGUUUUUUGGUGGGGUUUUUUUACAAAUGGUGUAUCGGUUUGUUUCAUUUAAAGCUUUGGUGCUGCACAUAUUUUACCGCUUCUUUUCCUGACUUUUAUAACAGAAUAUUCAAAAUGUAUGAAAUUGUGAAACUUUUGUUAUAGUUACGGGUGCAUCGCAUUUGUAUUUUGACAUGCCAUUUAUUGGCAGUUCUUUUGUUUAUAUAAACUAAAUCUAGUGCCUAUUUCACCUC